CCUGUAAAUCUCCCCAACAAUCUGUGGAGCAGAUCUGACUGACUGGAUCAGCCGCGGAAAGUGAAUGUGGACAGCGACAUGUCAUUGAGAGCGGAAUAAUCGCCCUAACGCCGAUAUUUGAACAGGUUCUUCCAUUGAGCCGACCGAUACCACAAAGCCCAGCUUGGCUCCCAGCUGAAUAUCCUUCAAGACAUCGAUUAAGUUGGCGUUUAUGAGAGAAAUAUCGAUUAGACAGCGCUGAGGCGACACUGUCGCUGGAUGGACGCGCGCGAGCCGUCUGAAGAACAACCAUAGAUAGCCGUUUGCUUGUUUUUCUGUCAUACAUCCACUAAUAACAAAAUAGACCAAACGAACGCUGGCUUUACGCUUUAUUUCUUUAACGAAUAUGGAGAAGGACGAGGACAACCCUUCAAAAUGAAAACAUCAAGUCGUCAUUAAUGCGGAUUUAAAUGUCUCGCGCUGAGAGGAACGGCCGCGCGCUUUCUCCUCACGCUCUCAGACUCGCUGCGUUUCUCACAGAAAAAUAUCGAUUAAAAAAUUAUAUUGUCACUGAACGGACGCGGAUAGAGAAACAGAGCACAUAGGAUAGGGAUUUUUGAAGCAAUAUGGCUGAUGGCUGGGGUUGGGGGCGCUGGCAGGAGCUCUCCAAAGCUUCUCAAUGCUAGAUGUGGCAGGUGGCAACGGAUCCUAUGGCAGCAGCAGCCCUAGAAUGAGUAAUACUAUCAAUUUUAAUAAAAACGCGGACUCUUCUGUCUCUAUAUCGAAGAUGGACGUGAUCAUCCCGUUCUCACCCGACGUACCCUGUGACAACAAUGGUCAGCGCAUGUGGUGGGCUUUCCUCGCCUCAUCCAUGGUGACGUUUUUCGGGGGUCUCUUCAUCAUUCUCCUGUGGAGGACCCUCAAGUACCUGUGGACUGUCUGCUGUCAUUGCAAAAUCAAAAAUAAGGAGGCACAGAAGGUGAAUAACCCGAUAAACAGCCAGGCUGACGGACCACCGAAGAGAUUGAAUGAGAAAGAUGAAGUCCCAGUCAGUGAGGUGGGCUGGAUGACCUCAGUGAAAGACUGGGCAGGGGUCAUGAUCUCAGCACAGACCCUUACCGGCCGAGUUCUGGUGGUAUUAGUCUUUGCACUGAGCAUCGGCGCUCUGGGAAUAUACUUCAUAGACUCGUCAGAUCCUAUAGAGUCCUGUCAGAAUUUCUACAAAGACUUCACUUUACAGAUUGACAUGGCAUUCAACGUGUUCUUCUUACUCUACUUUGGACUACGUUUCAUAGCAGCCAACGACAAGCUGUGGUUCUGGUUGGAGGUGAACUCAGUGGUGGACUUCUUCACCGUACCGCCCGUGUUUGUGUCCGUGUAUCUGAACAGGAGCUGGUUAGGUCUUAGGUUCCUAAGAGCCUUGAGAUUGAUACAGUUCUCAGAAAUUUUACAGUUUUUGAAUAUCUUAAAAACAAGUAAUUCCAUCAAGCUGGUGAACCUGUGUUCCAUCUUCAUAAGCACAUGGCUCACUGCUGCAGGAUUCAUUCAUCUGGUGGAAAACUCAGGGGAUCCGUGGGAAAACUUUCAAAAUUCUCAACCGCUCUCAUAUUGGGAAUGUGUGUACUUAUUAAUGGUGACUAUGUCUACGGUGGGAUAUGGAGACGUCUAUGCAAGAACUACUCUCGGACGCCUUUUCAUGGUCUUCUUCAUUCUCGGUGGUCUGGCCAUGUUUGCCAGCUACGUCCCUGAAAUCAUAGAGUUAAUAGGAAACCGCAAGAAAUAUGGUGGUUCCUAUAGUGCAGUAAAUGGCAGAAAGCACAUUGUGGUUUGUGGUCACAUCACGCUCGAAAGUGUUUCCAACUUCCUUAAAGACUUCCUACACAAGGACAGGGAUGAUGUCAAUGUAGAAAUUGUUUUUCUUCAUAAUAUUUCCCCUAAUCUUGAGCUGGAAGCCUUGUUCAAACGUCACUUCACUCAGGUGGAAUUCUAUCAAGGAUCGGUCCUAAACCCCCAUGAUCUGGCAAGAGUAAAGAUCGAGUCAGCGGAUGCUUGCUUGAUUCUUGCAAACAAAUACUGUGCAGACCCCGAUGCUGAAGAUGCCUCCAAUAUCAUGAGAGUCAUAUCUAUCAAGAACUACCAUCCGAAAAUCAGAAUUAUCACUCAGAUGCUGCAGUACCACAACAAGGCCCAUCUGCUAAACAUUCCCAGCUGGAACUGGAAGGAGGGUGAUGAUGCGAUCUGCCUGGCCGAGCUGAAGGCGGGCUUUAUUGCCCAGAGCUGCCUGGCACAGGGCCUGUCUACCAUGCUCGCCAACCUCUUCUCCAUGAGGUCAUACAUCAAGAUCGAGGAGGACACGUGGCAAAAGUAUUAUCUGGAGGGAGUGGCUAAUGAAAUGUACACUGAGUACCUGUCCAGUGCCUUUGUGGGACUUUCAUUUCCUACAGUUUGUGAGCUGUGCUAUGUGAAGCUGAAGUUGUUGUUGAUCGCUAUUGAAUACAAGUCAGAGCAGAGGGAAAGCAGUAUUCUGAUCAACCCGGGAAAUCACGUCAAGAUGCAGGAGGGGACGCUGGGAUUCUUUAUCGCCAGCGAUGCCAAAGAAGUGAAAAGAGCUUUUUUCUACUGCAAGGCUUGUCACGAUGACAUCACAGAUCCAAAAAGGAUAAAAAAGUGUGGCUGCAAGAGAACCAAGAUGUCCGUCUACAAGCGAAUGAAACUGGCAUGUUGUUUUGAUUGCGGGCGCUCUGAGCGCGACUGCUCGUGCAUGUCAGGCAGUGUACAUAGUAACAUGGACAGUCUUCAGAGGGCGUUCCCACUUUCUUCUGUCUCUGUUCAUGAUUUCUCAACCAGUUUACGUGCCUCCAAAUAUAAAUUUAACGGAUAUAUCAGAUCACCAGAUGGCGCUACAACUCCAGGAAAAAUGGGAUCGGAGAGGCAGUCUGGGGUUCGGUUCAAAGCUGAAUGCGCUUUAGUCGAAGAUGAGCAUCCAUCAACACUGUCACCCAAAAAGAAGCAGCGCAACGGAGGCAUGCGAAAUUCACCAAACUGCUCACCCAAAAUGAUGAGACACGACCCUCUGCUUGUUCCGGGAAACGAGCAGGUUGAAAACAUGGAUGCUAGUGUGAAGAGAUACGACUCCACUGGAAUGUUUCACUGGUGUCCAUCCAAAGAAAUUGAGAAGGUCAUUCUGACACGCAGCGAGGCCUCCAUGACAGUUUUAAGUGGACAUGUAGUAGUCUGUAUAUUUGGAGAUGUCACGUCAGCGUUAGUGGGGCUGCGAAACCUGGUGAUGCCUUUAAGAGCGAGCAACUUCCAUUACCACGAGCUAAAACCCAUCGUGUUUGUGGGGUCAUUAGACUAUCUGAGAAGAGAGUGGGAAACCCUUCACAACUUCCCCAAAGUCUCCAUUUUACCUGGUACGCCAUUAAGUCGAGCUGAUUUAAGGGCCGUCAACAUCAACCUCUGCGACAUGUGCGUUAUCCUGUCAGCCAAUCAGAACAAUAUCGACGAUGCUUCACUGCAGGACAAAGAAUGCAUCUUGGCGUCUCUUAACAUCAAAUCUAUGCAGUUUGAUGACAGCAUCGGAGUAUUACAGGCUAAUUCGCAAGGUUUCACACCUCCCGGUAUGGACAGGUCAUCUCCAGAAAACAGUCCUGUGCAUGGCUUAGUGAGGCAGGCGUCCGUCACCACCGGAUCAAACAUCCCCAUCAUAACCGAACUCGCUAAGCCUGGCAAACUACUGCCUUUGGUUUCAUUCAAUCAGGAAAAAAACACUGGAACCAACAUACAAAUGAUAACAGAACUGGUGAAUGACUCCAACGUUCAGUUUUUGGACCAAGACGAUGAUGAUGACCCAGAUACGGAGCUGUAUCUGACCCAGCCGUUCGCCUGCGGUACAGCGUUUGCAAUCAGCGUACUGGACUCCCUGAUGAGUGCGACAUACUUCAAUGAUAAUAUCCUCACCCUGAUCCGGACGUUGGUCACGGGAGGCGCCACUCCGGAGCUGGAGGCCCUGUUGGCAGAGGAGAACGCUCUGAGAGGUGGCUACAGCACGCCACAGACGCUGGCUAACAGGGACAGGUGUCGGGUCGCCCAGCUAGCAUUGUACGACGGGCCCUUCGCAGACUUGGGGGACGGUGGCUGCUACGGAGACUUAUUUUGUAAAGCAUUAAAAACGUACAACAUGCUGUGCUUCGGCAUCUAUAGAUUACGAGAUGCACACUUAGGUGCGCCAAGCCAGUGUAUGAAAAGAUAUGUCAUCACAAACCCGCCUUACGAGUUCGAGCUGGUGCCCACGGAUCUGAUCUUCUGUCUGAUGCAGUUCGACCACAACGCUGGCCAGUCCAGAGCGAGUCUGUCCCACUCUUCCCAUUCCUCCCAUUCAUCCAGCAAGAAGAGCUCAUCGGUCCACUCCAUCCCCCCCACAAACCGGCAAAACCGCAGCAGCAAAGCACGCGAAGCACGUGACAAACAGAAUGCAACAAGGAUGAAUAGAAUGGGCCCAGAAAAGAGAUGGUUUACAGAUGAAGCAGAAAACGCGUACCCGAGGAACAUUCAAAUCAAGCCCAUGAGCACUCACAUGGCCAACCAAAUCAAUCAGUACAAAUCCACUAGCAGUCUGAUUCCACCCAUUCGAGAAGUCGAAGACGAAUGCUGAACCAAUCCCCAGCCUUUAACAUCACGGAGGGAGUCGGGUCAUCCUGCUGUAAAAGAGACGAACGCAAACCGUGACGUGACCGCGCUGACGUGCCCUUGUGUGACUCGAGGGUACGACGCGAUCGUAGAACCGGAACUGUGUAUACCUUUAAUGUCACUUCCAUACUUUUAUAUGUAAUAUGUAUACAUAGUGAUGUACAUAAUGACAAUCAAGUAAGGAUUGUACAGCCCCUAGCACUUUUUAAAUUAUGUUAACAGGCAAAAAAAAGAGAGAGAGAAAAACUACUUCCUGUGAUUCUUUGCAAUAUGUCACCACCACCCUGACCUGACUCCAUGCACUCCGGGUGCGUGUCAUGGAGUAUGAGGGUCACGUCAUUCAUUUCAUCCAAACGCUCUCCAAAGAUCCUCUUCUGAAGCAUCGCAUCAGCCGCACCGAUCGAGACACACAUCCUUUGUUUCUUUUUGCACUACAACUUUACACAUAAUAAAGACUCGGGAGUAAAAGCGUAUCCUCGAUUCCCGAGGAUGGGAUCGGUUUUCCAGGCUAAGGCUGUUAAAGGAAUGGCUUCGUUCAGGGGUGUGCUUUACAGAUGUUUGCGUGACAGAUUAUGCCGUUGCCGUACACCCGCACACUGUAUGUGUGUACCGAAUUUUUGCCUGAAGUAACCUAAAUGCACUGUAUGGCAUCAGGAAAGUUUCCAUCCAUAUACUGUAGACUGUUCAAGCACAUAUGUAUUUGAAAAUGUGUUUGCUGUACUUGUAAUUCUUGCGAAAGGUUGUCCCCCAACGUAGCUUUCCAAUUUGGCAAUACAUUGAGGAUAUGCACUACUUCUGUUAAUGUCUUUCCAUCACCCAUGACUGCUGGUGUGACGUUUCUUUGAGAAAUCUGCUGUUAUUAAUACACUACCAUCAUCUUCUGAUAGUUUAACAAUGAUUGAGCUGAAACAUCUCUAACGUGACACUGUUAAAUAGCCACACAUUGCAAAAGUGGGCAUGAUUGGUUUCUCCUUUGGGUGUAGCCACUGCCUGGCACAGGGUUGACACAGAGGCAAAAAAGUGCUUGGAUGUUCUCUGUGACCAACCGUGAUGCGAUUUGUUUAAAACAAAUGUGUAAGCUCAAUCAUAUUGUUGAAUUAUCAGCCUCGAUUCUCGCUAUGGACUAAAUGGAUGGAACGUCACUCAUUUAAUAUCAACUGUGUUGUACCUUUAAGUACAGUAGUUCGUAAACCGAUGCUUCACAGACUUUGCUUCAAGUGCUCAGAUUUAUACAUAAGUACAUACUUAUUUUUUAAUCCAUGAGUGUAAUCAUUUUGUACUUAUUUUUAUACAUACCAGAGAACUUUAUUUCGAAAUGUAUCUUAAAUAUAUAUCGUAAUAGCUACACCGGUCCGCUUUCUGGUCCCCGACUACAGAACAUACGGUAUCACGCAACCUAAAAUAGGAAAAGUAAAACCUCUUUCGAGUACAAUUUCAGGCUUCUUUGAAAGGACCUCUGUAGCUAAACCAUUAAAAAUCAUUUUCAGAUGAAAACAAAUGAUGUGACACUUUUCUGUAAUUCCAAGUUAAAGCGAUGUUGAUCCUCAGACAGAUAGAUUUAGAGAUGAUGAUGAUGAUGAUGAGGAGGAGGAGGAGGAGGAGAGGUUUCUCGUUCUGUUCUGACGGUAGAUUUAUCGAUGUUUGACCUAAAUUAGGUCUCGGUUAAAAGAGGAACGUGCUCGAGUGCUUUCAUGUGUAAUUUGAUCAAAAUGCAUUUAAAUGUGUGCAAUGAGAAGAACGUAUGUCUUCAAUCAGCAGUAGAUGAAAAACAACUUCCAUCCACCGAGUCGAUGAUUGAAACCGAGCUGUGUCAAAAUAUGUUGUAUAAAAUUCUGCCCGUUCUAGUCCACUUUUGGUUGCUGAAGUAAAAUGAUCUCAGCUUUACUGUUUGUCUGGACAAUUAGGCUUUGUCCUGAAGUGAUUUUCUGAAUUGUGAUUACAUUGGUGUUACACUUUGUAGCAAGUAGAUUUCUUAAUAAAUACAAAACAUAAUAAUGUGAGUCAAAUGUAUAUAUAUCGCCUAAUUGGAUUGUCAAUAACAUACUUGCUAGCCUGAAAACAAAAAAGAUUAAGAGUCAUUCAUUGAAGUAAAUGUACAUUAUUUCCUAUAUAAAGUCCUUUUCCUGUAAUGAAACGAUGGGUGAAUUACACAGAAAGGCCAUUGGGACGGUAAGGCCAGCAGGUUGCAUUUGAAGAGUUAUUUCUGAUAAGGGUUUUACAUUCCAUUUUGUCAUCAGCAUUUUUAGUUUGAAUCAGUUUUGCUUAUAGGCUUUUUCUCAGGUAGAAAUCCUGAUGACAAAACUACAAAAUAAAGCUGGCGUUUUUUUAUUUAUUCUUUUUUUUCCCUACUUGAGAGAAUAAGGUACGAGGUGAUGCUUGUAUUUUUAUCUCCACUGCAACAAAUGUACAAUGUUCAAUUAUCAUGCAAUUUAUUUGUACAUCAUGCAAUCAGAUCAUAUCAGUGCCAUUAAAUGUGUCUGUCUACUAGCAUCAGUCAGUCAGUUGUUGGUAUGAAUUAUGGCAUCUAAUACUGGCAUGGAGAACAUCCAAGCCAUCUUUGCCUCCAUGUCAGCAUGGUGCCAGGCAGUGUAUAAACACCAAAGGAGGAACGCUAUAAGACCCACUAGAGCGAAAAGUGGCAUUUUGACGGGCACAUGCCUAUGCAACAUGUGCUUAAGUCCUGUUACCUUAAAAAUGGAGAAAACAUAUCAAAUAAAAAUAAAAAACAUCAGACCAAUGACUGACAGAUGCUUGCUAGAACUACCGGAUCAUCUGUCAAUGUAUUUAAGUGUGUUUUAAUGAACUAUUUUUAAGUAACAUAUAAACCUUACUGAUGUAAUACACAAGUGUCAUAUUUUGGCUAUUUUAUUCUACUGUAAAGGACAAGUUUUAAAAGCUGUAUAAAGAAAAUGGAUGACUGUAACAGAAUAAAUACUCGGAGGGAACUAAGUCUUAACAUGCUGAACUUGAGUAUGGAUUAUUGUUUUGUUUUUGUCUUUCUUUUCCACUUCAAUAAAUAAUCAUAUACAUGUAAUUAUUGACAUAUUCAUCAUUACAGGAUAAAGGGACGUUAAAAUGGACGUGAAGAUGCUGGUGCUGAGCUGAUCUACCUGACUCUGUCAAAUAUAACCUGCUGAUAAACAUACUGUCUUGUACAAAAAGUCUGUACAUAAAUUGUACAUGGUUUCAUUUUGUAUUUUCUCAAAUUAAAAUGGAUGUAUUUGUGUUCUA